CGACGAUUCGCUUCGUAAGCACGACAUAACAGCUGUGAGCCGACUGUCUGAGUCGCUUGGCGACCGCUGACUUGUUUAAUCGGUGUCACGAGUGUGUUUCCAAAGCCAUUUAAAUUAAAAAAAAAGAACUCUAUAAUCUGCGCGCGUUCGAAAUUAAAAAAUAAAAAUUGUCAAUUCGCGGCAACCGAGGCGACAUAAUCGAAUUGUUCAAGUGUCAAAAUUUGUAAAUAAAUGUGUUUUGAUAAAUCGCGUGUUAUCGUUUUAUUUGCGGAGCAUUAUUUUUAUUAGUUAUACAAUAACAAUAUACAGUUUUUGAUACGUGUGUUGAUAUUUUAAUAGACGAGAGUCAUGGAAAAAACUGGAGGCUCGCGGUUACUGCAGAUGCAGGCGCGGUUCCAACAAAAACAAUUACAGGAGAAGGAGCUGAAGAUCGCAUCUCUAUACGAGGCUCAGCAGGCCAGAGCACUGGACAGGGUUAGACAUUCACCCAGCAAUGGCAAUGUCACAACCCCUAGUCCACCUAUACCGCAUCAACCUGGAAAGGUGCGUCAAAUGUUCGAAGAGCGUCGUACAAAAGCGGGCAUCGAUAAAAGUUACCCGCUACAACCGAUACAGAACACGGAACGAACUCAACCCAGGAAGGCAUUACCUAAUGGUUAUAGUAAAGUUAGCAAUACAAAGGCCACGGUGGAGAAGAAGACGUCCAUUCGAGCCCAGAAUACAGUGAGCUCACAUAGCGUCAGGAAACAGAUUACUCAGGUACACAAAGUGAACAGCAUUGUAAACGGAUCGGGCGAUCUCAACCACAACCACGAAUUGGAUCUCAAUGCUGUCAAAUCAUUGUCAAACACGAACGGUAGGGACCAUUCGGUGGACGAGUUGGAUCGCGCGGACAAUAACUAUAUGUUGGAAAAUGAAACGUUUCCGGAGGCUCUCGCGCCGGUCACUCCGCGGUCUCCCGAGCUGGAGGAAGUUAAGCGAGUUGUUAAGAGAAAUCCUCCGCCACAAACUCUACCUACGACAAGAGCUACGAAACCCAUUUCAAAACCAACAGCAACUGUGCCAAAGAAAGUGUCCAAUGAAAAUGCGGUAACGGAGAACACCAGUAAGCCCCGUGGGGUCAUGCAGCGAGUUAACCCUGUGCCAAGAAGAACGCCUGUGAGUCCACAAGCGUCUAGCGGCCCCAAAGCACGCACGGGGUCCGGGCCCCGCGCGGGUCCCGUGGGCCCUAGUGCGGGAGGUGCGGGGUCGGGGGACGCGUGCGCGGUGUGCGGGCGCCGCUUUGCGCCCGACCGCCUCGCGAAGCACCAGGAGAUCUGCCGCAAGACGCACUCCAAGCGACGCAAGCCGUUCGACGUCAUCAAGCAUCGGCUCGCGGGCACAGAAGCGGAGCCGUUCAUCGGCAAGCUGCGCAAGAACGUCACGUCCACAUCAUCCAGUAAAGUACAGAGCAAGUCAUUGAAUAGCAACUGGCGCCAGAAGCACGAGGAGUUCAUACAGGCGAUACGAGCCGCUAAGCAGGUGCAGGCGCACCUUAACGCUGGUGGUAAGCUCAGCGACCUCCCCCCACCUCCCCCCUCUGAGAACCCCGACUACGUGCAGUGUCCGCACUGUAACCGCCGCUUCAACCAAGGAGCCGCCGAGCGACACAUACCCAAAUGUGCCAAUUUCCAAUUUAACAAGCCCAAACCGGCCGCGAAACGCAGGUAACCGACUGGCAAACAGACGAACACACGACAACCAAACAGUACUUGCUCCGCGGCAAACAGCACAAUUACAGUACAUGUGACAAACAAACAACACUCGUGACAGGUUAAUAACAGUACGUGUAAUACGGUAUACAGUACUUGAAACGCAGUGUACAGUACUUGUGACGCAGUAUACAGUACUUGUGACGCAGUAUACAGUACUUGUGACACGGCAACCAGUGCGUGUAAUAUUACAACAAAUACACUAUGAUAUUUGUAUGGUUUAGUCAAUAUGAACCAAAGUUUGGUCGAAAAUUGGUUGUCGAAUGACUAUAAAACUCAUUAGAAGAUAAUAUAAAGUCAAAUUGGAAUUAAUUUUUGGCACAAUACUUUGCUUGAUUAAAGAAAAUUUCUGUAGACUCAACAAUUAUUAAAAUUUAAUGGAUCAAUUAAUAAUAGUAACAAUCCUGUAAAAUUUACGUUUUUUUAAACUAUUGCUCUAAUGUAAAUUAAACAGCAAAUAAUGAAGUCUCAAAACCUACCUAUGUAACUUUAGGAUAAGUACUUCUAAAUUUUUAAUAAUUAAUUAGUCAUUGUUACUUUUAAUCGAAAUAUUUUUAAGUGACUAAGCAUUUUUAUGUAGAAUAUGACAAAUAUUAUUUAUUUGUGCCCAAUUUUCGUAAAGAAUACAACGAAAUUGUGUUGAUAUUUAUAUACUUUAUUAUUUAUACAGCUAUUGUGAUAAUCGAUCGCUAGAUAGAGAUUUUAACGCGUUGUAAAUUGAAUAUUUUAGAAAAUAAAAUAUCAUUAUGAAAAAUUUGUUAUGUCUGACAUAAUAAUUACUUUUGAAAAAUCGAUUCCGUUUAUUUACUUGGAGAUUAUAAUACAAAUAAUUUUCACAAUAACAUUGUUUUACUUGGUGAAAUCGUUUUAUGAUAUAAUUAGUCCCAAUCCAAAUUAAAAUGAAGAAAGUAAAAUUAAAGGAUAACAAUAAAUUCGAGUGUGGAACUUGCUUUAAAAACUUCAUCCAACGCUUGUUGUUAGCAAUCGUACUAUAUUAUAUUAUUUGGAUGUCAAUUGCAUUCUUGUAUUAUGUUGCCUGCGUUUUUCGAGACCUUCUCGAAUGUACGAUAUGCAAGAAAUAAAUUUUAUUUCAUAAGGGAAUUGAGUCAUUCAACAUUUUUCUGUGUUGUAAUUGAAUCUCUACCAAAUUUAUAUUAACUCGUACUUUUUCACAAAAUAACUGGCAUAAUGUCAUGUAAAAUAACCCAUUUUAUACGCUAUCCUAAUGGUUGUUAAUUAAUAAAUAGAACAAAUAAAAAAACUGUAACGCUUCUGAAAUUGUUACUUUUAUCUAGGCUAAGCGGACAUUCCGACUGUAAUGAUUCCAUACUGUGGAUAAUCCGACAAUAGGCUGUAUACAUAUUCCUUAGAAGUGACAUUAGUAUAGCUUUUGGGACCUUUAAAAUUGUUUAAUGUUCAACUAUAUUUUUAAAGUUUAAGAACGAUUGUACAAAAUACGCUUUUAAAAAUGUUAACUAUGCGAAUAUUACAAUUUUUAAAUAUAUGGAUUUUAUAUUA